AUGGACGCCCCUCUCCAGCUCCUCCCAGCGCUCGCGCCUCUUUUCGCUGCCGCUGCGUACCUUGCAUUCAAGAAGCGCUCUGCCUCACAAGUGGCCAAGGUUCCUGGUCCAUCGCCGUCUUCAUGGGUUUAUGGCAAUAUGGUUGAGCUUGACUUGGCCCCGACCUACGGGGACUACGAGUUUGCCUGGCAGCGGGAAUACGGCCCCGUCUAUCGCAUUAAAGGCGCUUUCGGAGAGGACCGUCUUGUUGUCUCCGAUCCCGCUGCACUGCAGCAUAUCAUGAACAACCGCUCCUUUAUACGCGCUAUCGCACAGUGGAAGCCCGGGACGCUGGUUUUUGGGCAGGGUAGCAUAUUCUGCGCGGAAGAGGAAAACCACCGUCGCAUUCGCGCUGCUCUAGCCCCUGCCUUCUCAGUGUCAGUUAUUCGGUCUUUUGCACCAGUAUUCUCCGAGGUCGCGCAGCGGAUAACGCGCGUGUGGGAGCAAACAACCUUAUCAGGACCCAGACUAUUAAACGUCUGCGAACUGAUUGACCGCGGGACGCUGGAUAUCAUCAGCCAUACUGCCCUUGGCUCACCACUCGACACGGUGACGAACCCCGACCACCCACUCGCCCACAGUCACCUGGAAGUCCUUGCCGCGGGUUUCAAACGGAGCAAAGCAACCAUCAUCGCCAACUUCUUCAUCCAGCGCACCCCACUCGCUGUUCUGCAAGCCGCAGCAUAUCUUCCCACCGGGGCAUUCGCCGUCAUCCGCAAGUUCAGAGAUGUUACUCAAGAGUUGGGCUCGCGCUUGAUCAAGGAGAAAGUGGAGUCGGCGACAGAGGAUUCAGAGACGGACAUGCUGAGCAUUCUGAUCAGAGGCUUGGUGGGGAAUCGGAAGAAGAGCAUCUCUUCAGAAGAGCUCGCAGAACAACUGCGGGUGAUCUUGCUCGGUGGCCAGGAUACCAGUGCUGUUGAGCUCAGCUGGAUGCUUUAUGAGCUCGCCAAAGACCCAGAACUACAAGAUGCCCUCCGCGCCGAGAUUCUCGAGGCCCGCGCCGCCUCUGACACGCCAGACUACGACGCGAUGCCGUUGCUUAACGCGCUGAUGAAAGAGACACUUCGUCUAUACCCCGCUGGCCCAUAUCUGGAGCGCGCAGCGAGCGACGACCUUAUUAUCCCGCUGGCAGAGGAGCUGACUCUGACCGACGGCGAGCGGGUCAAGCAGCUCAACGUCGCGAAAGGACAGUACAUCAUUAUCGCUGUAGCUGCAUACAACCGCCUCCAAUCGAUAUGGGGUCCCGAUGCGGAUGUGUUCAGGCCCUCGCGGUGGCUCGAGGGAAACGGCAACCCGUCCAAAGGGCAGGCGAUCGGGCCUUAUGCAAGCCUAUUCACCUUCUCUGGUGGCUUCCGUCCUUGCAUCGGCUGGCGCUACUCCGUCCUUGAAAUGCAGAUCCUCCUCUGCGAGUUCCUCGCCAACUUCAAGUUCGCGCCCAACACGAAGGUGGACAACGUCCUGCGGCCGAUGUUCUGUGGGACGCUGGUCCCGAUUGCGUCUGACGGGCAGAAGCGCAUGCCGCUGGUGGUUGAACGCGUCGCGCUGUAA